AUGGCACCCACAUUAAAUAUUGAGCAACUGAAUAGCAAUCCUUCUCCUCAACGGAUCAUCAUUGUUGGGGGAGGUAUCGUUGGCGCAGCGCUCGCGUUCCACCUGUCCAAGGCUAAAAGUGAUUAUCACAUUAUACUCGUCGACAAAAGCCUGGAAAAUUUAUUGGGCUCCACCGGCCAUGCUCCAGGAUUCGUUGGCCAACUUAAUGAGUCGCCUGUCUUGACUCGGUUGGCCAAAGACACCGUCCAGGACUACCUCUCAAUUCCGGGUGGCUUCGAAACAGUUGGCGGCUUGGAACUUUCCUCUACGCCAUCUGGGUUGGAGAAUUUACAGCGCCGACAGGAAACAGCACGGGGGUUUAGUCUACCUGCCGAGCUUCUCACUCCAGAGGCGGCGGCGUCUCUUGCCCCAGACUUUAUCGACGCCAAAUCGGUUAGGUACUGUGUGCAUUUCCCAACCGAUGGAACCGCAAAUGCAGGCAUCAUUACUUCUUACUAUGUCGAUCAAGCUCGCACCCGAGGGGUGGAUUUCCUGGAAGAAACCGUAACAGGCUUCGCGACCAACAGAGACGAUGGAAUUUCGAAUAUAGCGACUAUCAAGACCACUAGAGGAGAUAUCAACACGGAAGGCAGUACUGUGAUUCUUGCCACUGGGAUCUGGACAUCUUCAUUAAUUGGCAACGACAACUCCCUUGUUACGCAAUUUCCGAUUCCCAUUGUCCCUGUCGCACACCCUUACACAUUUACUUCGCCUCGACCUAGACGUGUGGGUACCUCUUACCCAUUCGUUCGCUGGCUAGACCAUCACGUCUAUGCAAGAGAUCAUGGAGAUCGGGAUGGCCUAGGCACUUACGAUCAUCCCCCAAUGCAGCUUGAUCCCACCGGAAGCGCAAUUGGAGCCUGGCCGUCAAGCUUUAAUCAAGUGCUGUCAGACGCCUCUUCGAACUUGAGGAACGGAACCGAGUUCCAGGUCCAGGGACAGAGUACCCACCUAGGAGAGCCUUGGGUAGCGGACAAGCCAUUCAAUGGAAUCUUUUCCGUCACGCCUGACAACUUACCCUUUGCUGGUCGGGUGCCUGAUGUUGCAAAUCUAUGGCUUGCCGCUGCCAUUUGGGUAACAACUGCUGCUGGUACUGCUAAGCUACUGGCAAGAGAGAUUCUUGGCGAUAGUGAGCAUUCGACAACUCCCGAAGACAAGGCUCUCCUGGACGCCCUGAAUCCCGCACGCUUCCAAGGCAUUGACGCGGAUCUGCUUGUCCGACAAUCAUUGUCGAAAUAUAACGAUAUCUAUAACCGAGAGACCUAG